UCCCUUCGAGAAACCAAUUGUUGCACACUCAGCACAACUCUCAACUUCAACGCCACCGAAGAACAGCCUUUCAGAAAAGCUACUGCCAGAGGUCCAUCUCCAUCCGAGCCUCCCCAGAAGGAGAAUGAAGUGUUUGAGUUCGAGCGGCUCUUCUCCAACCUUAACCAAGCCACAUUGAAGAGAGAACCUGGAAGUCUAUCGAGUGCAAUUUUCCUGGUUGCGGGCACGACGGUGGGUGCGGGAAUCCUUGCAAUUCCUGCGGUGACACAAGAAUCUGGAUUUCUAGCCUCUGCAGUUACGUGCAUUCUUUGUUGGGUUUUUAUGGUUGUGACAGGGCUGCUCCUAGCUGAAGUAAAUGUCAACACUAUGUGUGAACUGGGUUCUGGUGGUGUAUCAUUAGUAUCAAUGGCCAGGCGAACUCUGGGAACAGCAGGAGUUCAAAUUGCUUGUUGGUCUUACAUCUUUAUACAUUAUGCUCUUCUUGUGGCAUACGUGGCUCGCUCCUCAGACAUUUUGACGAAUUUUCUAGGCAUUCCAUUAUGGGAAAGUGCAACUUUGUUUUCAUUGAUUUUUGGAUGCAUAUGUUACUUCGGAAGCCAGCGCUUUAUUGGUGCUGUUAAUGGAGUUCUUGUGUUUGGAAUCAUCGCUUCUUUUGCAGCUCUUGUGGCUGUUGCAAGCGGGAACCUACAGUGGGAUGCCCUUCUGCAAGCCAACUUUGACGCAGUUCCUACGAGCAUACCCAUAAUUGCACUUUCAUUUGUUUACCAGAAUGUAGUACCUGUUGUGUGUACGAAUCUUGAAGGAAACCUGUCAAAAGUAAGGAUUGCCAUAGUUCUAGGCACAGCUAUACCACUUGUCUUAUUUCUUGUCUGGAAUGCUGUUAUUCUGGGAAGCAUUCCAAAUCUUGAAAUGGGCUCUGGCAAAAUUACAGACCCAUUACAACAACUGCAAUCUACCAGUGGAGUUGUUGGACCUAUUAUUCAAGUGUUCUCACUUCUUGCAAUUGCUACAUCUUAUAUUGGAUUCAUUUUGGGUCUAGCUGACUUUCUUGCAGACUUGCUGAAACUCCCAACUGGACAGAACCAGCCUCUACCAUACCUCUUAACAUUGAUUCCUCCUUUGGCACUGUCAUUGCUCGACCCAGAAAUAUUUUUCAAAGCCUUGGAUUUUGCAGGAACAUAUGGAGUAUUGGUACUGUUCGGAGUUCUCCCUGCUGCAAUGUCCUGGUCAGAAAGGUACUCAAGUUCAUCUCCAGCUGUGAGACUGCCACAGCUGGUUCCAGGAGGAAGGCUAACUCUUUCGCUCAUCAUUGGAGGGGCAGGAUGUGUCAUUUUCUCGGAAAUAUUCAAGAACUUUGGGCACCCCUAAGUAUAUGAUUUUGUUUGCCAUACUUAAUAGAUAUGUACAAUUGAAUUAUGUUUCAUUUUCAUCCUUUCCCUAAGCAAACUAAGAUCCCUGCAUCAUACAUCUUGCUUUGAUUAUUUGUAUUAACUCAACAUUAUAGAACUUUUUAAUUUGAAAACUACUGUUUAAUUUCCCCGAAA